CGCACCGAAUAUACAGUUCUCGGUGUCGGUGAACAAAGGUUCGGAGAUUAAGCUAUCGACGGAACAUCGGCCGGUGAUAGCCCACUCCCGCGUUAGACUCCCACAGAGGACGAGUCGGCUGCAACCCCCAACGGCGACUGCCACCGUGCUCCGCAUGUGACCGGGCGCGCGGGGGGGGAGGAGCGCCGUGUCUCGUGGACGGUACCGUGGAACACCGAGUCCUCACAGCGAGCAGCCGCCCAGACGCAACCGUAAGCCCGUCCCGGAUGUGAGGCUCGCGUACACCCGCAACUCUGCGUCCGUGGAGCAGCAGCGACGGCGAAGUACGAACAUCUCAGCAACGAGGGGGGAAAAAAAGUACGACUAUUUAUCUUGUUUGUCGCUCAUUUUGACGAGUUUUUAGCGUUUCGAGUACUUCGUCACUCUGAAUUUUAGCUGGCGUUGACCCGACCGAGGCAUUAGCUUGGGGAGGCUAACUACACUCCUGACAAAAAGAGAUGUUUGGAUUUUUAAAAUGUUCAAUAGGGGUUCCCAUCUGCAUAGAAAACGCUAAGACUUGAUACUUAUAUUUCUGAACUGUGGUUUAGUUUAGUGAAGGUAGCCCGGUCUUCAGGUCACAUUUAGUCAAAGCAGCUUUUUACUAAAUGAAUUAAUAUUUCUGCAGUUUCAGGUGAUUUCCAAUGACUCGCAUGUAGUUUUGUCUUGAAUGUGCUUUGAUUUUUGUCGAAUGAUGUGAAGUACAGAUGCAAAACCAACACGAACACCUCAUAGGACACUUUAAUAAACAACUUUAAAGCAAGUCUUUAAAUAUUAUCUUGCCAUAUUUUUUGGUAACUGAUCCUAAUGCUGUUGGAGAUACAUGAUGCCAUACUUUGGAUGAACGGGUACAUGUAAUCUUAUAGGCAGUUAUUCUGUUACAUUCAGCCCAGCAUUGUUUAAUAAGGGUGGAUAAAGUGCAAGGCAGCCAAAUCAGGAAGUAGCCAUUGUUCUUAUUACAAUACUCAAAGGGCAAGUGUGAUGCCAAGCUGGUAGCUAGCAUGUCACCUUUUUUUGAAUUUUGUGUGUGUUCAUUCCUGUUGUAGAGAAGGAAAGAGGCUCUUUUACGUGUUGUUUGAUCCCCAGCUGCAGCAUUAAUAUGCUGAUGUAGUUUUGUGAGGCGUUGUGGACCCACAAGGACAUUAUCAAUACAGCAGCAACGCAGAGAUGAGCGCCAAAAGGAAGGCGGAGAAUCACUCCAAGGCGGCGAGCCGACAGCGCAUCGCGAAGCCCACCGGCUCCCGGGCUGACUCGGAGAGGGACUCCGGAUUCUCAGAUGCCAGCUCAGAGCAUAUGAGCACGAUGCACGCCACAGACAUGGAGGAUUCACCCAACCCCAUCGUGCAGCAGGGGUCCCAGUCAGCCGGCUCGGGACAGCAGCCCUCUCAGCUGGCUGUGGUGGGGGGCUCCUACUCCAGCCUGUCCCCUAUGAUCAUCAUGAACAACGUCCUCCUCAAGCAGCCCGGAGAUCCUCCACCCGCUCUGAAGCCCUGGGGCUUCAGCCCCGCGGUGGAGGUGGUGCAGCCGGUGGGCCAACAUCCUCAGGUCGUCUUUCUCCAGCCGGUGGUCUCUCGACAAGCUUCCCCCGCCUCAAAGGAAACAACCUCCAGACACAGGCGGCCCAAGAAGUACCUUCCAAUCCUCAAAUCCUACCCUAAGAUUGCCCCGCACCCAGGAGACGGCUCCAGCUCCUCUGGUAGAGGAACCGCUUCCUCCUCCUCCUCCUCCUCUUCCUCCUCCUCUUCUUCAGGGUCAGAGCGAGGCUCUCUGACAAACAAUCGAGACCACUGCCAGAGAGAGAAGCUGCAGAGGAGCGUCUCUACCUCCGGUUCCACCACACCGAGUCUUCCUGGUACCCCCAGCUCCAUGUCUCCUCAGCUCCAGAGUCAACUGUCUCUCCCCGCAACGGAUUCCAGCAGCAGCAGUAGCCUCGCACGGGAAAGACCUCCACCGGCUGCCGGCCAGACGGAGCUGAUGCCCUCCCUGUCUUUCACUCACACCAGUGGUUCCAAAACCCAGACGCUUCCCGCUCCCUGGACGGUGGCCCAGGAGGAAAUCUCGCCCAGACAAUCUGACCUCUGUGACAGUGACGCCGAUUCAAAGAGGAAGCGCUUCUGCAACACGUACAACAUCCUGAGCAAGUCGGGCCUGCUGGACAUCACGCUGCGCACCAAGGAGCUCCUCCGGCAGAACCGCCGCACCCAGAGCGACCUGGAGCGGCUCAAAGAGAACACGGACCUGUUCCUCCAGGCGCUGCGGAGCGGAGACUCCAGCAUCUGCGUGAAGCUGCAGGCCAGUCUUCAGGAGGAGGACCGGGAGAAGGAGAGGGAGAGAGAGAGGGCCGCUCAGGCCAGCGUGAAGGCAGAUUAGACCCGGACGGGGGUGUGCCGCAGUAAUCCUCCAGCGCGAGAUGGAGAGGAGGGUCCCGGCUGUGGGGGUGGUUUGGAGCACGCACAGACAGAUGGACUGAAAGUAAUGUGCUUCAUUACAUACCCCCCCCCCCCCCCCCCCCCCCCCCCCCCCCCAUACACACACACACACACACACUCCCCAACUCUCAGGCUGUGGCCUACAUUUUGGCUGCUGGGUCCCCGACACGCCACGCCAACCUAAAAAAAAAAAAAAAUUGCAGACAUUUUUGGUGCCUGAAAACUGCUGUUAGAAGUUGCACUUGAACUCACCACGGAUCAUUUGUUGGCAGCUAGUUGACCAGCGUCACGUACAGCUUCUCUGCAGCAUACGGUAUUUCUUAUCCAAAAAGAUAGAAGCUAAUAAAACAGUUUUUAACCACAGGUGUGAGACAAUAGUCUAACUUUAUGGUAGCUGUCUGAACUCCAGUAAAAUCCACUCGGUUUAUCUGAUCGAGAUUAAAAGCGGCUGGUGCCGUACAUGUAGGGCAUGCUGCAAAAAAAGAAAGAAAAAAGUGCUAUUUGGACCAUGAAAAACUUUGGGCUCUGCCCAAUGAAGCAGUGUUGGCCUGGUGUGUGAGGGACCUAAUAAGGCCAGAACCGCAGCUCGCUGAGCGCUUCCACAGAGUCGGCUGCACGGCAGUUCUCCGACUUCCCGGCAGUCCAGAUCUAAAAACAAUCAUUAAAUCAUGGUAUGUUAAUGCUUAAUUUAUUCAAAAGCAAAAGGCAAUUAAGGUAGUCGCUGUGGCUGUGUGACGUCUGGUUACAUAAGAUCUGGUUACAUUUGCGUCUUGUUUUCUCAGUGUGCCGCGUUGAGACGGAGGAGCGCAGUGAAAACAUAAUCCAAUAGAGCGGCGAUUAUAUAAAAACUGUAAUUAUGGGAGGGUUAAGGAGAUCUUCUGAUGCCACCAUCGCGAAAGAGCAAACCAGUGCCUCGAGUCUCUUUUUCUGUUUGUUUUAUUCUGCACUAAAAGAACAAAAAAGAGGAAGAAAAAAAGAACUGGAUUUAUGACAUAUUCAAUGCUCCUGAGAGCGUUUCAAGUUCACCUUUCCCAUCUCGAUGGUGGAUGUUCCUGUGCAGACCGGCUGGAAGGAAGGAAAGCUCUUAAUAGCUGUUUAUGUGCUUGCCAGGUAGCAUCUCAUUGUGCGGGGUGUUUUCCUGUCGCUCCACAGCCGUCGUCAGCGCCUGACGUCUGACCGUGUUGUUCUGAUGGGUGUAAUUUAAUGUGGCAGCGUCAUCUGACUUCAAACGCAGACAUAUUUUUUGUAUUUGUCGAACGUACCUUCCUGUUUACAUUUGAAUGAUUGUCUGCUAAAAUAAGACCAGUUAUUGUGCAUAUAUUACCGGCCUGUCGGCGCCUAAAGCUUUCUUUUUAUUUUUUACGUUACUCAAUCCGAAUUACGAGUAGUUAAUGAGCUUUUGAUGCACUACUUUGUGUUUUUUUUUAAUAUAAAUUAUGGCCUUAAAAUCUAAAUUCUGUGUAUGACGGCAAACUUUUUUGCACUAAAGUGAUCUAAAAGUAGCUCUGAAGCAUCUUCCAGAGAGAGUUUACUGGCAGCUCGGGUACUGUAGCGCGGACUGUGUCGUCACUGGCACAAUAACGGUUUAGAGAUCCGCGUCUCCUAGGAAGAUGAGAUUAAUGUUGUUCGUAUUUAAACAUGAGCUGUCAGGAUAUGGAACUAUCCAGUGAUGUGUUUGCUCAUGUCGGCUUCAAAUGAAACAUCGCCAAAAAAGGGAAACUCUUGGGUUUUUUGGGGUUUUUUUUCUUUCUUUUAAUCUGUCGUCUAAAUGUCGGAGACAACAUUUCAGUGUGACGGUCUUUGUCAUGCAGUUCUGCUUCUUUUUGUGAAUGGGUUGUGGGCGUCCUGGAAAUAACCUGCUGCCUGUCUUUGUUUGGAUUCCUGUGAAGAACCGUACUUGUGUCAGAAGCAUGUUCUUAUCUCUGGAACUUAGCGGAUUGAGUCGACUCCGGGCUUCUUCUGUUCCAUGUGUGAUAGUUUGAGGUUUCACUGAGGAAAUUUGAGGUUUUUCCGCCCUGCCUGUUGGGUAUCGAGGCCUUAUAAUUAUCCCCCACCUCCUCACAAAACGUGCUGCAAAGCUUCGGGUUGGUUUUGGUUGAGAUUCGCGUUAACGCCAACCUGCACGGUUCAGGUUUCAACCCUUCUCCUCGUCUAUUCGACUCUCUUUCCUCCAGAUGAAUCUUCUUUCUUAUCAGCGCCUUGUGUCGUCUUACUAUCGUGCAGCUGUUUACUGAGACACAGCCGGUUCCUCGCAUUUCCCCCCAGGUUUAAACCCCGAACAGAUGGAAAAGGUUCAUGUGUCCAAUGUUUAAAAAAAAACAAAACAAAAAAAACCCACAAAUAAUUUCUUUCAUGCUUUUUUUGUGUAUGUCGAUUUCAUAUUCUGUUUUGAAUGAGGUGCGAUCUCCUACAUAUCUCUUUCAAAUGUCUGUUUAUUUAGGAUAUUUACAGUUUUAAAGCCACAUUUGUUGCAGGAGGCAGGACUCUAGAUGUCUGUAAUGUGUUUUUUUUUUUAAUAGAUCAGUCUACUUUUAAUACCACGUGUCCUUAAUGAAGGCCUUAUUAAGACACUUGAGGGUUGAAGUAAGACUUCUGGCACUGUUACGUUCUCUUUUUGUUUUGUUUUUGCCUUUGCUGUUUUCUAGAAGUCACGUUGUUUGAGUUGCGACACAAACGGUGCAGAAUUCUUCAUUUGUUGGGACCAAAAGCGAAACCGACGUUGACCGUUAUCAGACGCACAGUGGACUCCAGCUCCCCUGUCUAAACCUUGGUGUGUUGCUGGGUGGCUGCCACAAAAAAAAAAAAAACCAAAAAGUUAAUCGCACAACGAUAUCUGAGGGGUUUUGCACCAGUUCAGAUCACAGCACACUGUUAC